UGUUUCAGGAUUGCAGUCACUUUACGGGCCAGUCGCUCAACAGGUGUCCGUGGCUGGUCACAGUUAUUCUGAUUAACCUCUAAGGUGGACUGUGAGACUUUAAACGGUCUCACCUGUAGCGACCCAAGCCGGCUCCAGUCAACAUCCCCCCGCCGUUAACUGGGGAUGAGGCCGGAGGGCGCCUCCGUGGAGAAAGGAUGGGGAAGUUCUCUGGGGCGGCGCAGUCUGCAGCUGACACCGGGAAACCGAAACUCAGCCGUUAAAAGCGCUGCCCUUGCACUUUGGAAUCGCAUCUCGAGACUCGCGGGGCGCCCCAGCCGCUCCCCUCCAGCAGCGGCCGGCGGCGCGGGACCCGCGGGCUGUGAACCAUGUACACCCGCAGCCGAGUGGCGAGCUCCGGGCUCGGCGCCUGCCCUGCCUCCCGCCCGGCCCGGGACCCCCGGGACCCCCGGGACCCCCAGGACCCUUAUGGGCGGCACGGGGAGCUGGGCCCGCUGCAAGACCAGAGACACGGUUUGGAGGCAGCCCCCGAGAGCCCUUCGCGGGAGAGCAUCGUGCAAGCGGCUCGGAGGCAAACGAGUGCAUAUACCUUGAUAGCACCAAAUGUAAACCGAAGAAAUCAGAUACAAAGAAUUGCGGACCAGGAGCUGGCCGACCUAGAGAAAUGGAAGGAGCAGAACAGAGCUAAAGCAGUUCACCUGGCGCCCAGGCGGCUAGGUGGAAGCCGGUCAGAAACUGAAGUCAGACAGAAACAACAACUCCAGCUGAUGCAAUCUAAGUACCAGCAAAAGCUAAAAAGAGAAGAAUCUGUAAGAAUCAAGAAGGAAGCGGAAGAAGCUGAACUCCAAAAAAUGAAGGCAAUUCAGAGAGAGAAGAGCAAUAGACUGGAGGAGAAAAGAAGGCUUGAAGAGAACCGUAGAAGAGAAGCAUUUAGAGAGCAUCAGCAACACAAAACUGCUGAGUUCUUGAGCAAACUGAACACAGAAUCUCCAGGCAGAAGUGCCUGUCAAAGCGCUGUUUGUGGCCCCCAGUCCUCAACAUGGGACAGAAGCUGGGCUUACAGAGAUUCUUUAAGGGUGGAAGAAAACAGAAAGUUACAAAGGAUGAAGGAUGAACAACGUCAAAAGGCUCAAAUGAGAGAAAUCAUGUAGACGGCGUAUCCUAAUGCCUGGCACAUGCUGAACCUGAAAAUGUGACCCAACGUGAUAAGUACAUAAGGCAACAAGGAAAUACACUGACAUCUUAAAGGAGUUCAUCUUUGGGAGGGGUGUUUUUAUGGGUGAUUAUUAUGUUUUUCUUUACAGUUGCUAUAUGUACUAUAUUUUCUAUGAUAAAUAACUUCUAUGAGAAAAUACACUUUUAAAAGUUAGAAGGAGGUUGAUAGGAAGUAUUUUUAGGUGGGAGAUAUAGAGCUGUGAUUCCAUGAUUAUUGUAGCUUGAAGCUUAUUUCUCUUUAUGUUAAAAUGAUAGAACUAGUAACAGCAAGUACAAAGUUACAAUUAGAUGAGAGGAAUAACUUUUAAUGUUCUGUUAUACAGUAGGUUGACUGUGGUUGACUGUAAGAUAUUGUACAUUACAAAACAGCAAGAUAAAAGGCUUUGGAAUAUUCUCACUGAGAUUGUGGACACACUAAGUGCCCUGAUUUGAUCAUUUUACAACAUAUAUAUGUAUCAAAAUAUCAAAUUGUAUCCUAUAAAUAUGUACAAAGUAUCAAUUAAAAAAACUAAAAAAUUAAAAACUAACAAGAGGAGAGUAUACAUUACUUGUGUUAUUUUUGAACUCUACUUCAUCCAUUCCUAUUUAUGUCCUUUGAUUUGGUUGGUUCUCUGUAAAUGCUGGGUGGUAGCUUCUCCUUUUCUCCCCAUUCUUGAUAACCAAGGCCAUCUUUCCUCUUCAAGGCAGAGGCAUUACUGUGGAAUACCCGAGAAUUAGGACUUCUUUAAACCCUCAUCCCUGAAAGCUCUUCUGUAUUAAACCUUCAAAGGAAGGCGUUCUUGAACUUGGCCUCAGCUCUCCUGCUUCCACUAUGCUUUUCCUCUUGUGUUGAGAGAACGUCCUCUCCUGAGAGGAGUUUGUCCUGCCGGGCGAUGGCAUUUUCGUGUUUACAUAAAGCAGUCAAGCUGAACCUUGUUGGAACACACUCUGCUGGGAUUCAGACAUGGUUUUAAAAUGACCCCAUGUUCAUCUUCAAUUACUAAACUGAAGCUUUGCUUUGGAGCAUGCUUUCCCUCUAAACUUGUCAGCUUUCUCAUGCCUCCAGCCUUACACACACCUGUCUGUUGUAUAGUUGACCCUGCUGUGGAACAGGGCACCGCCAGACAGUUGGAGCCCAGACAAAUGAUGUUUGCACCUCUUGCUGGAAAUGGCAACCCCUCUUCUUAUUGUUGGCUUGGGCUCCAAGCAGAGGUAAGGGUGCCAUCCUGCGGCUCCCCAGCAGAGCAGCCCUCCCGGGUGGGCACUGCAUCAGCAGGGUGGCCACAGGCAGUGGCUAUAUGCAGAGUUGUCCUCAUUCACCAUAUAACACUUGGCCAAUGUUUAUAGGAAGUUCCACACUUGCAGUCUCCAAGACGGUGGUUUGUUUAUUAUAUCACCAAAGUACCCUCUUUUGUACGCAGCUCUGUGUGAAUGUAGGGAUUUGUGCAGCGCAGUGAUAAGGCAUGCAUGGACAAAAAGCAUUGAACACCCUUCUCUUGUUUGCAUUUCUUCCUUGUAUUCCCAUGUCGCGUAGCUCGAAGUUGUGUCUAGCAAUGCAUUUCUUUUUCUUUUUUUUUUUUUUUUUGAGACGGAGUUUCACUCUUGUUACCCAGGCUGGAGUGCAAUGGCGCGAUCUCGGCUCACCGCAACCUCCGCCUCCUGGGUUCAGGCAAUUCUCCUGCCUCAGCCUCCUGAGUAGCUGGGAUUACAGGCACGCGCCACUAUGCCCAGCUAAUUUUUCUGUAUUUUUAGUAGAGAUGGGGUUUCACCAUGUUGACCAGGAUGGUCUCAAUCCCUUGACCUCGUGAUCCACCCGCCUCGGCCUCCUAAAGUGCUGGGAUUACAGGCGCUAGCAAUGCAUUUCUUUUUGCCUUGUAUCAGUGUUGUUUCUGGGUCUGUCUGCCUCAUUAUACUGUGACUGACUUCAGGGUGGAGCUGAUAUCUGUACCUUCAGCAUGAACCUAGGUAUCUGGAAAAUGGUUGGUGUGUGACAAUAUGCAUUGAGUAGGCCAGGCCUUAACAAUGUCUCAGAUGUUGCAUGUCAUUGCCCUCCUGCUUAGGGCACUUUGGUUCUUUUCAUGUCCCAAGCUUGAUCCUUGAAACAAGAACAACUUAUUUUUUAUUUGCUGAAUUUUUUAUUUGCUGAACUCUAGAUAUGGAACUUCUGGGUGGGAACUCAGUAAAUGAACCAAGAAUAUGCUUAUAAGGCAUGCAGACACAUCCUCGGUGACUGUCAGAUCAGCAGAACAAAUUAAUCAGCUGAAAUUAUCCUUCUUAGCACGGAAGGAAAAAGCAGCCUCUCCUUAGUAAAUACGCUUUGCUAGUUAUAAGAUAAUCAUCCUGAAUGCAGUGAUGCCAGCACCUUCCCUUUGGCCAUCUGGAGCAGUGUCCUUGCAUGGUGAUGCCUCAUCAGCUCCCGUCCCCGUUUCCCUCCUGGUCUUGAUCUCUUCUCCCCUGUUCUUGCCUCUGUAAUAGGAUGAUGUAUGCUGCUCUCUUCCCUUCUUCUUUUCUUCCUCCCUAACAGUUCUUAGCUUCAUAUGUAGUGUUUUGCUCUUUUAUAUCUCUCUGUGUUAAAAAUUACAUAUUUAUUGGGAUUUUUAAAUAAGGAAAGUGUAAGGAAACAGAAAUGGCCUCUCACACUGACAAUAAAUUCCUACGAAUGGUAUGAAGAAAUAACAUGCACACGGUUCAGAAGUCAAAAAGCUAUGUAAGUUAGUAAAGCACCUUGUCUUACCCAUUCACACUCCAAGUGCCGCUACCCAGUGUUAAUUACAGUUAACAUUUUCUCGUGUCAUUUUUCAUUCGAUGUUUUAGAUAUAUACCAGCAUAUAAAAGUUGAAAUGGACCUAUGCAUAUAUUUUCUAUUUAUAUAGAAGCGUCCCAAGAAAAUGGCUCUGAACCUGUUUUCUAUCUAUCACUUAGUGUAUCUUAGAGAUCUCUCCAUGAGGCUCCUGCUCAACCUCACAGAAGAGUCACCUUAUUCUUUGUAACUGUCUCAUUGUAUUUCAUUGUGCUGAUGGUCUCACUUACUACACAAGCUUUUUGUCGAUGUGCGUUAACAUUCUUCCCUGAACUUUUAAAGUUUCAAUAAUAUAACUGUGAAUAUCUGUAUACAUACAAAUUUGAACAGUUCUGCAAGGGAUGUACAUGUCUUACAUUUUGAUGCUUAUUGCUAAAUUGACCUCCAAAAACUAGAUUAGUUUUUACUAAUUUAGAUACUAUACCAGAG